AUAAAAGCUGUUAUUUUGGCGUCUUUUCAUUGUGCGAUUUCAGAAGUCUCUGUUCUUAAUAUUUUUUAGUGCUUAUGUCAUUAAUAAGUGUUUGCGUCAACCGAUAUUUAAGACGCAUUAUUUUUAGGUUAGUAACUUUUUGGGUUUCAGUGCUGGUGCUAAUGAAAAUGAUUUAUCAAAUAAAAUAUUUCGAUGAACGGAAAUACGACUAUAAAUGCAAUAAUGAAUCCAUAAAUUUUGCGGAGUGGAUUGGCUUGCACAAAACGGAACAAAAAUUUGUUCUGUACUUAAGCUACAUAUCUCCAUAUAUUGUGUAUAUGAUAAUCACAUCAUUGCAUGCUGUGGUUAAGCUUCGAAACCAUUUAAUACGGUCUUCAAUGUAUGAACAAAGAGGCGGAAAAGUUUUGUUUCCAGGAAUUACAAGGCAAGAUGCAGAACGGGAUUUUCCAGAACUCUUAAAGUAUAUGCUUAAUUAUGGCUAUUUUAAAUUUGGACUUGAAAUAACGCUUAUUGGACUUGUAUCAACCAUUGUUCAUAGACGCGAUCUUAUUGCGUUGACCUAUUUAAUUUGGAUUGUAUUAAUUUUAUGUCUUAGUCGAGUACAGUGUGCCCGAAUUUGGGAAAUAUUUCAGCUAUACUUUGUUUUGUCAAUUCUUGCUCAAUACCUGUACAUCUUGAAUUUCCCACCUAAUCUAUGUGAUGGUUACUCAGCUGGACAUAAAUCAUCAUAUAUGAUUACCAAUACAACUAUCUGGAGUAUGUCAAAUUAUUCAACAAAAUACAUGCAUAAAUCAAAUCUCAUGCUUGAUUUUAUAAUUCUUCUACUUAUUUCAAGGCAGCGGAAGUCAUUUAAGGCAGAAAUGUGGCAUAUCAAAGAUUUAUCUUACCCAGGUGGCGAUAACAUUAACGUCGUUUAUAAUAUCGCUAAACUUGGGCACGUUUAUUUCGAAAAUCCAACUCAUGAUUUUUGUUCAUAUGUUCGUAACUAUGCGGAUGUUUUUAAAACAGCAAUAUUUUGUAGUUUUUUUUGGAUUACGCUUGCUAUAGUAUUUAUGGGAGGAGUUUGCAGUAUGGAUAUUCUUUCAUUAGGCUAUAUAAUAUUUGCUUUGAUUUUUUUACUUCAGGGCUCUGAGGUAUACUUGCAAAACAUUCACUAUAUCAUCUGCCGCUGGAACUGUCUAAUUGCUUUCAAUAUUUUUAAUAUAAUUGUAAAAGUUUCAAUUAUUGUAUUGGAGAGAUUUAUAAAAAUUGAAAGAGAAUCAAUGUUGCGUGCUCUGUUUACAAUAAUGCACCAAAAUGAAGAUAACAAUAAUGACGGAUACCAUUAUGGACAAAAUUUGAUAUUUAGGAACACCCUUGUGUGGCAUGCUAUUAUUUUUUCUUUUAAUUUCCAAUAUAGAAUUUUCUGUUCAUAUUUUUUUUGUCAUGUUAUUAAGGACACUCAAGCAAAUACCAUUCUUGCAUCAAGGGGAGCUGCAAUAAUUGAAAACUUGCAUUAUAAACAAAUUUAUGAUCGUCGUGAAUAUGAGAAAAACGUUUUAGAAAAAGUAAAAGUAAAAAUGGAGCAAAUUCGUGAAAACAAUCGAAAAACACACAAGGCAACACUGCAAAAGUACGAAGUCACAACGCAAAAUUUAAAAUGAAUGAAUAAAUAUAAAUC